UGUGACUCAGGCGAGAAGGAAAGGCGGCGGCUGCCAUUUUGAGAGGGUGUUUUUUUUUCCCCCGCUCCGACUGACGCUUCCUCGUCGCCUCCCGCUUCCUCCGGACCGAGGGGACCUCCUGCGCCGCGCUGUUCCUUCGCCUGAGAGGGGACAGGAGGGGGGGGCUUCGCUCGCUCUCUUUGCCUCCCGCCCUUCGAGCCUCGUAGCGCAGGGUCUGCCCGGCCCAGCCUGCCUUCGCUACUUCCUCCUCCCUCUCCUCUUCCUCCUCCUCCUCCUCCUCCUUCCUUCGCCGCCGCCACCAUUUGCCCUCCCCCGGCGGCUCCGGGGCGCCGAGCUUAGGCUAUGGGGACCAGGCUGCUGGGGCUGAGCAGCGGCAGUGCGGGCGGCCCGGUCGUCGUGAACAGCGCAGAGGGGAUGGGGGAGCUCGGCGGCUUCUUGGUGGCUUUAUCUUGACAUGGCUCCUACCCGUGCUGCUAGCAGCGCCGACGCCGCCACCACAGCCUCCACUGCUCCGCCCGCGCCCGCCGGCUGCGGAUAGCGAGGAUCUCAGGCCAGGCCGCCCUCUCCGCUCCGCGCUCUCUCGCCGCCUGCGCCUCCCCGCCGAGGUGAAAAAAAAAGGAGAGAGAAAUUAACUUUUUUUUUUUUAAUUUAUUUAUGAGGGAAAGUUGAAAGAGGUGGGGGAGGGUGUUUGGUUUUUUUUAUUUUGUUUUUUUAUUUAUUAAAAAAAAAAGGCGAACUCCUGUCAGAACAACUACGAAAGGGACGGGCGGGGUUAAUCUCCCCCCAUCCCCCACCCCCUUUUUUUUUUAAAUGAUUUGAUUCGAUUUAGCCAUCUUCGCCUCAAAAGCCCCAAACGGCUAUUUUUUUUUUCUCUAGCUUCUUUUUUUUUUUUUUUUUUUGCAAUUGAGAACUUCUGGCCUCCCUCCUCCGUACUUUUCCUUUUGAAAAAGGAGGAAAAUUGGAGCCAACUGAAUGCAAGAGAGAGUCCCGGGACUGUGGGCUGAGUCCCCUUCCCUCCCCCUGCGCUGAGCACUAGGCCCUUCUCUUCCUCUUCAGGUCGGUUAAAAGGAAGAGGAAAAAAAGCAACGCCGAGGAGGCGACAUCGCACCAGCCAUGCCCAGCCCCAACUAAACAACAGUGGCCGUUGCGGCGGUGGCGGAGAAAGGAGGGAUAGUUGAUGGGGAUAGACAGCAAUUGGAGUAUGUAGGUCUCUUCCCCCUGCUUAGGGGACUGCUAGAUAGCCUGGAGAUCUUUAGGCCGGCUACUCCCUUUUUGGCUUCCCUUUAAGCUUUGAUUGAUGGCCACCAUGAUCCCCGUUUUCUCUAACAGACGCGGCCUCGGGGCGACCGUGUGCCUGAUUAUGAGCGUGAUGAAGUUAGAAAUGACUCUGCUGUUUUCCAAACUUCUUGCUCUUCUGCAAACCAGCACUGUGUUGUCUGCGGUUGAUGAUUUUGUUAGUAGGGAAACGUCUUGCCUCCCAGGACAUCCACUCCUCUUCUGCACUCCUUCCUUUGCUUUCUCCCAAGUCUAAUCACCACUGAAAAUUAAGCAGGCAGUAUAGCAAUAGCAGCAAUCUUGGUAAUAAUAAUCAGCAGAGUCAUGAACCUGGGUGUGAUAGAGUACUGUCUUUAAUUUCAGGUUUUUGUUUGGGUUUUUUUGGAGGGCUUGGGGCAAAGAAACAGCACCCAAAUGGAUUGGGUCCAUCCCCUUUAUUCCUUUUUUAAUGCAUAUAAAUUGUGAUAAGAUUUUUCUCCUGUUCUUGCCCCUUUAUUCCUGUGGUUUAAACUGUGUAUAUCAGCAUAUUUUCUUCAAAAAAAAUCUUUUUGGGUAAUAUGUGCAAACCCUUUGUCCAGUAAUGGUUGGACAACUACUUACUUUGUUUUAUGACCCCUCUAGUAAGACAGUCUUGUAAAACAAUUGCCUGAGGUGCACUUUUGGGGUUUGCCUCUGUUUUAUUGAUUCAGUGGUAUAAGCAGGAAUAAAAUGACUUGUUUCUGUUGCACUUGAGUCUUAUGAAAAAAGGGCCCACAGUUUAGUGACAGUUUCCAAAGGCUUUUGUACCAUCUGUAUUAUAAAAUGGGGGACCCAAACUCCCGGAAGAAACAAGCUCUGAACAGACUUCGUGCUCAGCUUAAAAAGAAAAAAGAAUCUCUAGCUGACCAGUUUGAUUUCAAGAUGUAUAUUGCCUUUGUAUUCAAAGACAAGAGAAAAAAGUCAGCACUCUUUGAAGUGUCUGAAGUGAUACCAGUUAUGACCAAUAAUUAUGAAGAAAAUAUCCUGAAAGGUGUCCGAGAUUCCAGUUAUUCCUUGGAAAGUUCCAUUGAGCUUCUUCAAAAGGAUAUUGUACAGUUACAUGCACCCCGCUAUCAGUCUAUGCGCAGGGAUGUGAUUGGCUGUACACAGGAGAUGGACUUCAUACUUUGGCCUCGGAAUGAUAUUGAGAAGAUAGUCUGUCUUCUGUUUUCUAGAUGGAAGGGAUCAGAUGAUGAGCCCUUUAGGCCUGUUCAGGCCAGGUUUGAAUUUCAUCAUGGUGACUAUGAAAAACAGUUUCUGCAUGUACUGAGCCGAAAGGACAAGACUGGAAUUGUUAUCAACAACCCUAACCAGUCAGUGUUUCUUUUCAUUGACAGACAGCACUUGCAGACUCCAAAAAACAAAGCUACAAUCUUCAAGUUAUGCAGCAUCUGCCUGUAUCUGCCACAGGAGCAACUCACCCACUGGGCGGUUGGUACUGUAGAGGAUCACCUCCGCCCAUACAUGCCAGAAUAGGGUUCUGGCCAGCAAAAUGGGGAAAAUCACAGAUUGCAGGAGUGUAGUUUCCACUUUCCUCGUCAUUUAUUCUUUCGGAAUAGAAGAAAAUGGACACAUGCUCAGAACACUAUCCAUCGUGAACCUUGAUCAUCCUGGAUUAUUUUCUGUUAUCAUUUGUAUCUCAGAACUUUUUUUUAAGAUGUUUUCUGCAUGGACUUUAUGAAAGAGAAUGCUCUGCAUAUUUCUGCAUUGCAUGAGCAUCUUACCAAAAUGUGAAAUGAAGGGACUGUUACACACUGAAAGAAAUGUUAUCUGAGAGCACAAAGCGAUCAUUUAUGGUGGUGUGUCCAUUUGUGCUGGUCAUGUCCCCUGUUUCAGUAUUCAUAGGGUGAAAAGUGAAUGUAAGGGUGUAAAAGCCUUCUAAGCGUUGCUUUUAACAUGAUUGUAUCAAAGCUGUGUCAGAUUCAUUCUGAUGAUGAGUUCUCUGGCUUGCUACAGUAGAUGGCUUACUAUGGGAAAGAAAUCUUUUAAGGAAGAAAAGCAUCUCAUUCAUUGUAGGCAUUAAUUGCCUCUCUUAUUUUGCUUGGCCAUGUUUGAGUUUACUAGCAUUCUCAUUUUUUGGAUCUCUUUCCCCAGUUUGCUGUAUAACUAAAUGUAGAGUGUUCUGUUAAGUUGAAUACAUUUUACAGACCUGGGGUCUGAAGUAGCCUAAAGCAGCUAAAUUAAAAAUAACAGCUGCAGAAACAAUGUUGGCAGAGGAUUGCUUUUUUUCCCGAGAGUUGACUUGUAAAAUGGCUGGUGAACUGAGUAGGAAAUACUGGUUUCCAAAACAUUUCUGACAUGGAAAACCCUUUGAGGUUCUUUGGGGUGGGGGGGAGGAAUAAGAUCAAAAGCAUUUGUGGAUUUAAUUGUAAAAUAUUGUUUGGAGUGUCAAAGUUGGUUUUGACAGAACAUAUUUUGUUUAAGAUUGUGCAAUGAACAUAAGAAAGACUACUGUAUAGUUUUGGCAAAGAACGCUUUGCUUCUGGGUUUAAUUUUACUGAAGUAAAUCUGUAUAAGCCAACUCCCUUUGGGUAAAUCUAGUGCUUAUCUGUUUAAAAUUUGUAUUUAGCUUUUGUUUGGAAUUGGAAUAAAUGAAAAUAAACAAAUUAGUUGAACAUUUA